CAGAGUUUAGGGAAUGGAAAUGUUGAAGAAAAAAAGAUAAUUGUGUAGAAGGAUUUGGGAAGAUCACUGAAAAGUCAAUUGGAUUUGUCCACAGGUUACCUGGAAAUAGCCCACACACUUGUUUUCUGCUGGGGCCUCAAACCAUGGGUGAAUGGCUGGUGCUUGACAACUUCUACCUGGAUUUUUCAUUAUUUUAGCAACUUUUUCUUUAAAUGAAAAUAUCAUGGGGCAAGUACAAGGUGCCCCAGAUAAGCAAGUGACUCUUAAAAACAUUCAGGAACUCUACCGGAAGUUUGCAAGCGAGUGUCCGAGCGGAAAUCUGCACUUACACGAAUUCAAGAGAAUCUUUGGAAUCAACAGCAACUCCACAGAAGAAGAAUCUGCAUACAUGGAAAACCUGUUUCGAUCCUUUGACACAAAUAAGGAUGGGAAAAUAGACUUCAUGGAGUAUGUGGCAGCUGUGCAUCUCGUUCUUCGAGGAAAACUAGAGGACAAGCUGAAAUGGUCUUUUAAAGUUUAUGACAGAGAUGGAAACGGCUGUCUGGACCGACAGGAAGUAAGACACAUUGUCAAAAUCAUCUACAAGAUAAAGAAGCACAACGAUCCGAGCAUCACCGUGAACAUCGACGACAUCUGUAACAGAAUAUUUGAACUGGUGGACAAGAAUAACGACAGUCAGAUUUCUUUGGAGGAAUUUAUGGAAGGGGCUGAAAAGGAACCAUGGUUGAUGGAUCAGCUCAAACUGGACAUCGGGCCCUGUGAGUGGUUCAUGGAACAGCAGAAGAUUAAUGAGAAAUAAUGAUAUAUAGAUAGUAUUAUUAUAUUAUUAUAUAUUAUCUCAUCCACAACCGGGUGGAAUCUUAGCAGCUCGUAGGGUUCUCCUCUCAGUAAACCCAGAUCACUACUGACUCCAUGGUUGGACCGGGAAAGAAAUUCAACCUUGGACUUUGCACAAAUGACACUGACGGAGCCGGUAAAAACUUGACAACUUUAUGGAUGUUUUGCAGUCCACAGUCUGACCAGGAUUUCAGCCGGUAGUCCCCAUGGCCAGUCCACCUGUGCUCUGGUCCUAUUUCUUUCUUUGUCGGAGGCCAUUUUAGCCCGAAUAGUGGUUUCUUCAGUGGAGGGAAGGUGGCUUUCACCUGAAUGCUCCGUUGCCAGUCUGGAUACCAAAACGAAGAACAGAGAAACUUACUGUGUCUCAAUUCACAAACUUCCGUCAUCUUUUGUACCUCUGAGUUUGAACGUGUGAAAAGUAUUGAUUAUAUCUCUCUUGAGGUAUAACUGUGAUAUUUUAGCAGGUCACUGUAAAGUCAAUACAGAGAUCACAACAUACACAGUUCUCUUCUUCUCUUAUCACUGUGUGCCUGGUAUAAAUCCCAGUGUGUGUUUUUUAAAUCUGAACGAUUCAUUUAUAUUGAUAGAUCAUCUGAAUGUGAAUUAUUAGGGAAAUAACUGCAGUAAUGAAGAACACAAACGCAAGAGAAGAUGAGAACAGAAGUAUGUGAGCUAGAUCAGAGAUUCAAUCAGCAUCUUGUUAUUGAUAAUCUUUCAUUUUUCUGCUGUCACUUGGCAGCUUCAUUUCCUCAGUGGAUCAGCUGUUGGUAUAUUGUAAAUAUUUUAACAUCCUCAAUGCUUUAAGUUGAAACUAAACAAAAGACCAAACCAGUGUGUGUUCAUGUUUCAUCACAUAUUUCUCACUUUUAUUCUGGGACCAAUUUAGUUGUCAAAGCACAUUCAAACAAAAAAAACAAAUAGGAGACCUCGAGGGAGCUUUCACAUUAUGGAUUUAGUCUGACUUACUAUUCUUAGCCUUUAAAGCUCUUUAACUAGCAGUAUAAUAUCCUUUGGCUUCACAGUGACACCAAUGAGAGUCACAAAUACUGUUAGGUAAAGAGCCUUAGUGAGACAGGCUAAAUCCAUACAGUAUAAUGUCCCACGGGGUCUCCAUAAGGUGAUGGUGUCUCUGCGCAUGUGCGACUCACUGAGCUUCAAUCAGAGUCAACAAGCUUAAUACAUCAAAUUAUUUUGAAAUAUUUAAAUUGACCAAUAUUUUUAUGUUUGCUUCUGACAAGAAUUAAAUGAGUAAAAUGCAGAAUGACACUAAAAAUGAAAAAUGAACCUGCUCCUGCUGCUCAAUGCACAUAAAUCUAUUGUCUGCAGCAUGAUUACCAACCAAGCCCCCGGAGGCCCAUGCCUGGUGAGGUUCACCAUGUUUCAUUGUUUGUGUUAAUUUGACAAAGUGUGGAUUUGUUUGGGAGCAGGUGCCACUGGUGGUGAUAAUUAUGUAAUCUUGAGAAUCUGUG